ACACCCCACACAGUAUAAAGGGAGCAGACACGGCGUGAUCUUCAAACGCGGAAGUUAGCACGAAAUCCUACAACUAUGGCAACAGCGUUCAAGAGGACAUCGACGAUUCUGCAAUUCCUUCUCAUCACUGUUGUGGUCCUUGUGGGAAGUGACCUCACUGACGAUGAAAAAAAAGGGUAUUUCACGAACACAACGAUUACUUCUGCGUACAUCGGCCAAAUGAGAGCAUACUGCAGACCCUUGGCAAGAGCGAGUAAGGGAGCUUUGCAAGACAUCGCAAAGGUCUUUGGUGAGAUGCUCACACUCGGAUCAACAUACGUUGCAACCCAAACGAUGAAGGACAAUGCUGUGAAGUACACAAACAGCUGCAUUUCUCCGCUGAUAGGCCCUGUACCAAUGUGGGUUGCGCUUGUGAAAUGGAACAAGGAUGGAGACUUCAUAUAUCCAGGUACAAAAUGGUGUGGUGCUGGAAAUAAAUCAACUGAAAAGGAGAGGUAUGGAUCUGGUGAAUCGACAGACAAGUGCUGCGAAAUACACGAUAAUGCCACAGACUAUAUGUUGGCCAAGGGAUAUCACAAGAAAAGUGGGCUGACGAAUCCAAGUCCAUAUACACGAACGAACUGCUCGGAUGACAUAGAGCUCUUCAACUGCCUCUACAAUGACUCCUCCAGUCUUUCCUAUGAGUUCGGCCAAGUAUUCUUCGACGUCGUGCAUGUUCACUGCUUUGCACAUACAUAUCCGAUAGUGUGUAAAAAAACAACAGGCGGGAAAUGUGUAGAGUACGGCAUGAACAAGACUCAAGAAAAGAAGUGGCAGUUCCUUCCUCCUCCAAACUUCUACAAAGCCUACACGAGGAAAUGGUUUAGUGACAAUUUCACAGUCCAGCCGGAUAAAGUAGACAACACAUGGGCUCUAGCUUGCAGGGAGGAUCCUGAUAUGCGGUGCAGUCAAUAUGACUACGUCAACUUAACAUUGACAGUACCACCGCUACCAUGGAAGUUCGCAGCAUGAGUUCGUGCAGCAUUACAGGAAUACAUGAUGCAAUACCC